AUGGGAUCCGUCGCCCCAAAUGUCGCUGAGCUCGAUGGCUCCAAAUUCAACAUCACACGCUCCACCACUCUGCGCGAUGUGCCUUUGCCCGGUUCUCCAGAGGAGAUGAGCCACUCCCACUGCACUGACCACAUGGUCACUGUGCGAUGGACGGCAGAGAAGGGCUGGGAAACGCCUGAAGUGAAGCCCUACCAAAACCUUAGCAUCCCACCUACUGCCUCGGUCCUGCACUAUGCUACCGAGUGCUUCGAGGGAAUGAAGGUGUACCGCGGAUACGAUGGCAAGAUGCGCCUAUUCCGCCCCGAUUGCAAUGGUGAACGUCUGAACAGCAGCUCCCAGCGUUCCUCUCUCCCUGGUUUCAAGUAUGACGAGCUGAAGAAGCUUGUUGCUAAGCUUUUGCAGGUUGACGGCGCUCGCUGGCUCCCCAACCCGGGCUCUUUCCUCUACAUCCGACCUACCGUCAUCGGUAACGGUCCUCACCUGGGUGUCCAGGUGCCCAAGGAAGCCCUGCUGUUCAUCAUUGCCGUUCCCUGGCCCGACUUCACCAAGAUGAAGAAGGACCCCCAGGAGGCUCCCAAGAAGGGUCUUAAGCUCUUCGCCUCUUCCCCGGAUACCAUCCGUGCUUGGCCCGGUGGUUUCGGUUACGCCAAGCUGGGCGCCAACUACGGUCCCUCCUUGCAGGCCCACGGCCAGGCUCAGGCCCUGGGCUUUGAUCAGAUUCUGUGGUUGUUCGGACAGGAUCGCCAGGUCACCGAGGCCGGCGCUAGUAACUUCUUCAUCAUCUGGCACAACGCCGAUACCGGAAAGCUUGAGCUUGUUACCGCUCCUCUGGGCAACCAGCUUAUCCUGCCCGGUGUGACUCGCCGCAGUGUUUUGGAACUCGUGCGCGAGAGACUGUCUCAGAACUCAGUUGGCAAGCUGGCACCCCUCGAGGCCGUGGAGCGCACUUUGACCAUCGAUGAGAUCGAGAAGGCUUCCAAGGAAGGCCGCAUCGUUGAGUCCUUUGUUUCUGGUACUGCUUACUUCAUCACCCCCGUUGCCAUGAUCCGCAACGAGAACACCGAUAUCAGCACUCUGGGCAAGGAUGGCGAGCCUGCUGGCUAUGCUGCGCAGAUCAAGUCUUGGCUCGAGGUCAUCAUGUUCGGCAAGGAAGAGCACGAGUGGGCCUACACCAUCGAAGACGAGGAGAAAUAG